AUGGCCUCAGUCUUUGCAUGGGGCGCCGGCGCCGCUGCCGCUGCCUUUCUGGGCCGCGCCGGCCUCGUCGCAUGGCGGCGCUCUCGCGGGGGCGUCGGCGCCAUGGGCAAGGCCUUCUACAAGGGCGGCUUCGAGCCCAAGAUGAACAAGAAGGAGGCCUCCCUCAUCCUGUCUCUCAAUGAGCGCGCCAUUACAAAGGAAAAGGUCCGCAAGGCUCACCGCACCCUCAUGCUGCUCAACCACCCCGACCGAGGAGGCAGUCCCUAUCUGGCCACAAAAGUCAACGAGGCCAAGGAGUUUUUGGACAAGCAGUCCUAG